ACCGACAUUGAGUUUCUAUUCGCGCGAUUGCCGAUUUUCUGUGCCGUCCGACUUUGCAUCUGCAAACGACGCUUUUGUUGCGGAGCUUGAAUCUCGUUGCAUUGUUCACUUUUUGUUCACGUUUUGUUUGCCUGUUAGAUUUAUCAUUCCGCCAUCCUAUACACCCACUACGUAUCGUAAUGUCUCUCUUCGGAAAUCAGACUCAGACCCAGCAGUCCGGCGGACUAUUUGGGUCAUCGACGACCGCGAAUAAGCCCAGCCCCUUUGGCGGCGCUGCCACUGGAGGAAGUCUCUUCGGCUCGAAUACGACCGGAACAGGAACCCAGCAGAGCGGCGGUGGUCUUUUUGGUGGAGCGCAGAAUCAGCCCGCGACGGGAGGGACUGGUGGUGGCCUGUUCGGUUCGUCGACAGCGACAUCCCAACCUCAGCAGAGCGGUAGUCUUUUCGGUACGGCGACACAGAAUCAACCGCAGACGGGAGGGCUCUUCGGAAAUACUGCUACUCAGCAGAAGCCCCAGGUGGGAGGUCUCUUUGGUGGAUUAGGCCAGACGACACAGCAGCAACAACCGCAACAGCAGCAAGCGGGCGGUGGAUUGUUCGGAGGUGCAUUGGGACAGCAGAAACCUCAGGGAAGUCUUUUUGGAGGUGGAUUAGGGCAGACCACACAGCAACAACAAACGCCGCAACAGGGCGGGGGCCUCUUCGGACAGACACAGCAGCAACCGCAGCAGCAACAGAGUUUAUUCGGGGGAACUCUACUUGGUGGUCAACAACAGCAGAGCCAGCAGCAGCAACAGCAGCAGCAGCCUCAACUCGGCCAGUCUGUGCAACAGCUGGGGUCGAGUCUUUGGUCACCUGGUCGUGCGGUCACUGGAGUACAUCGGACUGUUCCGACGCAGAUUGCAAUCGUCAAAGAUAAAUGGGACUCUGGCAGCCGCAAUUCCCCGUUUCGAGCAUACCUGUAUAACAACGUCGGCGAGGAUGCGGCACCUUUCUACCAACCCGGUCCGGACGACGACGAGACGAACUGGGAGGAGGCUUUGCGGAAGAGGCCCGCACCAGGCUAUGUCCCUGUUAUCGUGAGAGGCUUCUUCGAAUUAGGCAAGCGGGCCCAGAGACAAAAGGACUUCCUGACUAUGAUGCAAACCCGCCUCCACGAGAUCAACAACUGUCUAACCGAAUUACUCUCUCGCCAUGACCUCAAGAUCUCCGUCCGGAUAGCCGAUUGCCGGCGAAAACACCUUGUCCUGAGCAAACGGUGCCUGGCGCUUGCGGCCAAGACCCAAAUCUUACGGAACCGGGGCUACGCGAUGGACGAUGCCGAGGAGGAACUAAAGAAGAAACUGGCCCUGUUGGAACGUUCAGUCUUUGACCCAUCUUUGAACGGCCGGGAAGAAGAGAUCUGGGCCCGAAUGCUGGCGAUCCGGGAACACUCGAAACGCCUGCAGCUGGAGAUGGAGAAGGCUGGACCGAGUGCAGCUUCACAGGCGGACGAUGAAUUGGAUGAACAGACGAUGAAGACCGCUAAGAAGAUAUUGGAUGACUACCAUAUCCAGAUCAAGCACCUGCAAAACGAGCUGGAGUCGGUGAGGAAAGACUUCGACGAAGCAGAGAAGCUCCAAGGCCGGGUAGAUCACUAGCCUUGUGCUCGCUACGCUAUGAAUCAUCUAGUCACUCAGAGAAAUACAGGGCUUAGGUUAAAACGUCCAGGAGCAAGGAGUUAUAGGAGCUGGUAAUCUGCAAUUCAUCCGAUUCGGAAGACGCCCUGUUCUCAGUGUAGUAGAGUAGAAAAACAUGCAAAAAUCCGACACUUUAUCAUUUUCCCAUCUUCAUUUCUUCCAUCUUCCCGGAAUGAUAACCCGAAUGUACAAUAAUAAUACAUCUGCCGUUGGCUAAGCUUGACGCCGCCUAAUGAACCGUAGACCGUAACCGCUUAAAGGA